AUGACUUCAGUCUGGGUACACCCUGAGAAUCUCCUCGAAGUCAAGACGUACAUUCUCCGCCGCCUUCCGGUCCUAGUUUAUAACCUCCAGACAUCCAAGGUUGUGGAAAGUGGCCAGUCCGACCCUACCAUAACUUCAUUAUACUUUGACAACCCCCAAUUUGGCCUUUAUAAUAAGAAAGUCGAAAAGACUUCAAAUGCUUCCUCUUUAAGGCUCAGGUGGUUUGGCCAGCUUGAUGAAAAGCCUGAAGUCUUCUUGGAAAAGAAGACACUCGAAGAAAGCGGAGAUAGCGAAGAUUCCCGCUUCCCUAUCAAGCAGAAGUAUAUUCAACCCUUCAUCAAAGGUGACUACAGGAUGGAGAAGAGUGUAGAGAAGCUCCGAGAUCGGGAAGGCACCGAAGGCAAUGGCGUUGCCAGCCUCCAGCGGAGUGUCGAAGACAUUCAACAGUUUAUUAAGGAUUACGAGCUGCAACCUGUGCUGAGAGCUAACUACACUCGCACGGCGUUCCAGAUUCCUGGCGAUGACAAGGUGCGAAUAUCCAUCGACACCAAUGUGGCUUUCAUUCGAGAAGACUCGCUUGAUGAAGAUCGACCGUGUCGAGACCCCGAGGACUGGCAUCGUGGAGAUAUUGACAGACUUGGCAUUAAGUACCCCUUCUCCGCAGUCAGGCAAGGAGAGAUCUCAAGAUUCCCACAUGCGCUCCUAGAGAUCAAAGUGAAAGAUGGCUCCAGCAAGAAGACCAAUGACUGGGUGUCGGAAUUAAUGUCGUCACAUCUCCUCAAAGAAGAACCAAGAUUCUCAAAAUUCGUUCAUGGGGUGGCCCAGCUUUUUGAAGAUCAAGUCAACAGCUUCCCCUUCUGGCUAAGCGAUUUGGAGACAGACAUUAGGCAAGAUCCCGUGGCUGCCUUCCAAGAGGAGCAAGAGAAGAAGGCCAAGCAAGCGGAAGACCAAACAGCGGUCGGCAGUUUUCUUGGAUCAAAGUCCGUCCCUUCGUUCAAAGCUGCGGUAGGAUCCCCAGCAGGUAAAACAGCCACCGACUUUGGGAAACGAGGAUCAAAGACCGGCACCGAAGACGUCGCUGAAGAGGCCGACACUGACGAUGAAACCGAUCAGCCAACUCAUUCGGAGCCCGGCGUUCUUUCCGGUCUUCUUUCCUUGUCGCCUUUCUCGAAUUCCAAGUAUGCACGCGCACAUCGACAAGGAUCGGUGCAGUUGCCUCCUGGAGUCAGAGAACCUGGCAAGCUCAUUAAAGAUAUGAACCCAGUCCGAGUGGAGCCUAAAGUGUGGCUUGCAAACCAGCGGACAUUCAUCAAGUGGCAGCACGUAUCGGUGCUGCUGGCUUCCCUAUCUCUCGGUCUGUACAACGCGGCUGGAGAAUCCAACAACGUCGCUCGGGCCUUGGCAGUUGUCUAUACUCUGAUUGCGCUCUUUGCUGGAGCCUGGGGGUGGUGGAUGUAUAUCGUCCGCAGUCGGAUGAUUCAGGAGCGUAGCGGCAAGGAUUUCGACAACGUGAUAGGUCCAAUUGUCGUUUGCAUUGGACUUGUCAUCGCUCUAUGUCUCAAUUUUGGGUUCAAGUAUCAAGCAGCAUCGGAACAGAAGGGACAUAAUGACCCUGCAAGUCAGAUAUUGGGUUUGUUAGAUUUGGCGACCGGGAACACGUCUGACGGGACCACAGCCAUACAUCAGGAGUUGCGCUGA